AUGCCGUGGGCUAGCUACGCGGUUGCUGGCCUGCUGAUCGCCCUCACUCCACCGCUGGCGGCUGGUAUACCAUGGCCAGCCUGCAGCAGCAGCUCCGGGACAUACACCGCUAACAGCACCUACGGCGGCAACCUCCGCCUGGUCGCCGUAGCCCUGCCAAACAACGUCUCCACGUCGCCUACCCUCUUCGCCAUCGCCACAACCGGGACGGCGCCCAAUACAGUUUACACCAUCGGGCAAUGCAUCGGCGAGCAGAGCGCCACUGCCUGCCACGACUGCAUCGCGACCAGCUUUGAGCAGGCGCAGAAGAUGUGUCCAUACAACAGGCGUGUGGCCAUCUUCUACGACACGUGCCUCCUCGGCUUCUCCGAACAAGAUUUGCUCGUCUCCCCCACCAACUUGCAGGACCAGGAGGUGUUGCUCUACAACGGUCAGAACAUCACCUCCAACGAAGUCGACCAGUUCAGCACAUCCGCCUUCAAGCUCCUCAAUGCCAUGGCCGAUUACGUUGCUACCGCAGACUUACAGAACAAGUUCGUGUCUGGAGCCAUUGGUUUUGACGCGGCAUACCCCAAUAUCUACGGAAUGGUGUCGUGCAGUGCUGACCUGGAGCCUUGGGAGUGCCGUGGGUGCCUUUCUGCGGCAAUUGCGCUGAUGCCAAACCAAUUCAUCCCUAACACGAAGGGCGCCAGGAUCUUAGGGCUGCGGUGCACCGUGCGGUACCACCACCACCAACGCCACUGCCGCCGCCGCUGCCACCACCAGGAGCAGCAGCCAUCCAGGAUGAUGUGUCCAUUCGUCUCUUACCUAAGUAGGAACCCAAAGAGUGAUUGUUAA